GAGAUUAGGGUUCUUGCGGCAAUGGGGGGGAAGAAGGGGAGCCAGGUGCUUGGCAAGGCGCUGAUCAAGCGGCGGAACGCGGACAAGCAGCACCAUCAUCAUCGCGAUGACAAGGCUGGAGCGUCGGCGCUGCAAUCUGUGAUGGAAUUCACGGAUUUGCAAGUGGUGCUCGAGCAGGCGGAAGAGGCCGAGCGCAUUUUCUCCGAUGCAAAUCCGCCGCCCCAGCUUGUGUCAAGAGAAGAGAGCUCCAGCGCGAGCUACGAUGAGGAUAAGCGGAGAGAGGAGGUCGAGAACGAGUCCAGUCUCACUGUUCCUCGCAGGCCGAAAUGGCACAAGAAGAUGACCGUGGAGGAGCUUGACACCCAGGAAAGGCAAGCGUUUCUAGAAUGGCGUCGGAACCUUGCAAGGCUGGAGGAGAACGAGAAGCUGGUUAUCACUCCGUUUGAGAAAAAUCUCGAGGUGUGGAGACAAUUAUGGCGUGUGAUCGAACGAUGCGACCUGGUCGUAAUGGUGGUGGAUGCUAGAAACCCACUAUUUUAUCGUUGUCCAGACCUGGAGGCUUACGUCAAGGAGAUUGAUGAAAACAAGACAACGCUGUUGCUCUUGAAUAAAUCUGAUCUACUGCCCGUCGCAAUAAGAAAAAAAUGGGCAAGCUACUUUGACGAGCUGGGACUGGAUUAUAUCUUCUGGUCUGCGAAAAGCGCUACAGCAAAACUUGAAGGCAAGGACGAUGACCAGGACCUCGAUGAAGCAGACGAUGGUGAUGUUCCGGUUCUAGGCAGGGAAGAACUUCUAGCCUCAUUACAAGUUCGAGCCGAGGGUAUCCGCCAGAGACGAAGCGCGGGACAGGAGGAGAAAGCCGACUCGAGCUUUGACACGUCUUCGUCGGUGAUGGAUACGGAGAAGCGAGUUGCAGUCGGGUUUGUGGGGUAUCCAAACGUUGGAAAGAGCUCUACGAUCAACGUUUUGGUAGGAGAGAAGCGCACAGGUGUGACUUCAACGCCUGGAAAGACGAAGCAUUUCCAAACUUUGAUUAUCAACGACAGGCUGAUGCUCUGCGACUGUCCGGGAUUGGUUUUUCCUUCCUUUACGAGCUCCAAGGCCGACAUGGUUGCUGCUGGCGUCCUACCAGUUGAUAAGAUGACAGACUACAGGGGUCCGAUUCAGGUUAUCGCGAAUCAAAUCCCACGGAGGCAGCUGGAAGAGACUUACGGCUUGCUACUGCCGAAGCCAAAGCCGUACGAGGAUCAAAACAGGCCUCCUACCGCUGCCGAGCUUCUCAAGUCCUACGCUCAGUCGCGCGGCUAUGUAGCUUCGAGAGGUCUUCCAGACGAGACACGAUCUGCUCGGCAGAUGCUCAAGGACUACCUCAAUGGUAAGCUUUUAUACUGCCAUACUCCGCCGGACGACGACACCACAAGCGACGAUGAAAGCAACGACGAUGAUGAAGAAGCUGUUGAUGAGGGUGGUGUUCACAGUGACGAUGUUGACGAUCUCUCAGGAGAAGAGGACGAAGAAUACGAAGAAAGAGAAGAGGAAGAGGAAGAAGGAUCGAAAACAACUACAGGUACUGGUGAAUCCAAUCUCAAAGCUCGACUGGAUGGAAUUUUCAGGGACGUCGACUUGAACGCUAGCAAGAGCCAGGGAGCCAAGGCUGUGAAGCCGAAGAAGGCCCUUCACAAGAUGCAGAAGAAAGCUCCCAGGAAGAAAGACCGCUCGUGGAGAGUGAAAGACGACGAGAGCGACGGCAUGGCUCGCGUAAAAGGGAUAUCAGUCUCCGUGAGCUAUGGAGCAGCUCGCUAGCUUGCUACAUCCAGUCGCAGCAAGUCCAUCAAGAUGGUGCUGGCCAGAUACGAAGCAAAUGAUCCAAAGUUUCGCUUCGCUGUGUCUCGCGCCAUGGAAUGAAACACAAGCUUUGUGUAGCCUUCGUGAGAUCUUGGAGAGAGCUGGAUGUAGAGCUACACAGCAUCCUCGUCCGUGGCCGAGAGUCCCAGCAAGUUCAUCAAGUGAAAACUCCGUCCAUGGUGCUGGCCGAAGAUCGAAGAAAAGGAUCCAAAGUUUUGUUCGGGCAUUCUCUCCAGAAGCUUUUCGGCCUCCUCGAGCUCCCCGUUCGUGACAAACGCUCCAAGCAAGGCGUUCCAGGCAACAACAGUGCGUUCUUCCAUGGUGUCAAACAGCCUCUUUGCGUGGUGCGUCUGGCCGUUUCGUCCAAACGCAGCCACCAUAGCCGUGCUCGAGAUGGUGUUAAACUCCGGCAUGGAAUCAAACAGAAUCUUUGCUGCUUCAA